AUGCGUCAUUCUGUAGAGUAUCGAAACCACUACCUGACUCGUAUAUUCGGCAGCCCCUACUCCGGGUGCUAUUUCCUCGCCGUCACCAUCUUCACUCUGGGCAUCGCUCGCGACCAUGUGUAUCAACUGGCCCUUGAAGACCAACCCUACUACGCCCCAGUGCACCAACCGAUAUUAGGCGGCGCCCUCUUCGCCAUCGGCUCCGUUCUCGUCCUAUCCAGUAUGUAUGCUUUGGGUGUCACCGGGACUUACCUCGGUGACUACUUUGGCAUUCUCAUGGAUGCCCCCGUCACCGGCUUCCCCUUCAACGUGACCGGCUCGCCCAUGUAUUGGGGAAGUACCCUGAACUUCCUGGGCGUUGCUCUUUACAAGGGCAAGGUGGCGGGCAUCUUUUUGACAGCCGAGGUCUUCAUUCUGUAUUGGUUUGCGCUCCGCUGGGAGGAGUAAGUCCUUCACUUUUAUUUUCCCCUCUGCCAAUCCUAGCCAUCCGCCCCUCUGCAACCAUGCGGCCAUUACGCGUUUCAAUAUGAAUCGGCAUGAGAAGAAAGAAUGAAGUAACUCACUAACCGUGACUGGGUAGUCCUUUCACCGCCGAAAUCUACGCUAAGCGGGAACGCGAGCGUGCAAAGUCGAAGCAAGGCGGCAAGCGUCAGUAAAUCACUUGAAAAUAAGCCUGAACAGGCAGCUGUUUCGAUGUACGAGAAUGCGAGCCACGACUUAGAAGGGGCAACAUGCCCCUUGUAAGAAGUCGGGGCUUUGGACUUUCAACAUCCAUAACAUCGACAAGGGUGGUGAGACGAUAGAAGACAGUAGGGGUCCCGUGGGCAAAGAAAGACGGCGAGCUGUCGAGACAAGUAGUACAACGGUGAUAAUUUCAACAAGAGAAGAUCGACCAGUGGGUACGGUGUGGGAAAUAGUAUGUUCCACCGUUAUGUGAUGAGAUCCGUGGUGAGCAGGGGGAUUGAAUAGAUGUUACUUCUCUUUCGACUUUUGCUUCAGAGAGAGGAGAGAGAUGGGAUUUCAAUGGACUAGAGUAUCAUGAUAAAGAAAAAGCAGUUGAUUCGUUUUCAUAUU